CGCUCACGGGCCAUUCAUUCACCACCACCAGCACUAGCUAGCAGCGACACACUCAAGCGUGAGCACUCAGAGACGUGCGUGUGUUUUCCCUCACGCGACACCUAGCUCCCCCCAGACUAAUUCUUCCUCCUCUUCUUGUUGUAGGCCUAGUAGUUGUCGUACAUCGCUCGCCCACGUCACCACCAAGUCUCUCCAGUGCCAAUUUUGACAGGUGGAACGAGUGACGAACCGAAGGCUCGGGAGAUAAUAUUUCGUCUAUUCUCAGGUCGUCGUCAGAUGAGGAACUGGCAACUGUUUAUUUCUGAGAAAUAACUUUUUUAAAAUACAAACCAAACAAGUGUUUGUGCUGUCAAGAAGAAUACGCCCUUUGAAGACGUAAAAAACCCCGAAACAAAACAAAGCAAAAAAAACAAAAAAAACAAAGCCAAGGACAUAUAAAUAAAGUUGGUUUAAGUUGUUUGAAUCAAAAAGAAAAAAAAACAACCCAAGAAGUGUUGAGCUAAACCACCUUUGUGAUUUCAAGAUCAAAAGAAUCUACUAAAUUGGACAUACAGCGCUCUGUCUGAAAGCUGUUUGGUGUUUAUUGAAAGAAAAGGGACACUCACGUAAUCUCUGCAACAGUGAAUAUCAACAAUACGUGAGGAAAAUAACAGAACUAAAAAAACAUUAGUGUGGAAAAAAAAGUGAAACGAAGUCUCAAACAAGCGACAGUAAACGAACGAAAAACAAAAAAGUGCAUUACGAGAAAACGAAACAUUUUUCUUCCAGAGGUGCCAAAGGGUUAUAUAAAGUGUUCUACGUUUUGCUUGUCCUACACACUCAACGUCACCAAAAGGGGGAUCACUCCUCUCCUGUUUUUACUUGUUCUCUACAAAGACACAAGUGUUUCCAGUUUGAGCGCCACCACCCCAAAAAAGCGCUGCCCACCUCUUGACCAGCCACUGCAGUUGACUGUCGCUAGAGUCCACUGAUUGACUAGCUGACCGUUGUCCAGUCAUGUCCAGAAUGUCCGUCACCAUCCAGGCCUCAGUAAUGCUGUGUGUGCUUCUUCUCAUCACAAGUGGAGUCUCAGCUGCGUACUUGCCCCGCGAGGUGCGUAGUUACGACAGACCCAGCAGCUGUUCCCGCAACACGCCAUGCCUGUGGGCGUUGUGCGUGUGGUCACAGUAUGUCACCGUGGACCCUGACAGCUGCAUGUUUAUUCCUUCUGGUUGUAAAUGUCCACGCGGUCAGCGCUGCCGGCGAACACUUGACGUCACACCGAACAACGGCUAUCUCACCGUGCCCUUCACCUGCCAGUGACGUCAGCCCCAGGGAUCACGUGACAGCUCGUUGCCUGCCGGCGCCUCCACACACUCAUCCCCUUCGCUACUGUUGACACCGCUGAUGACGAUGAUGAUGACGAUGAUGAUGAUGAUGAUGAUGAUGAUGAUGACGACGACGACGAUGAUGAUGAUGGUGAUGAUGAUGAUGAUGAUGAUGAUGAUGAUGAUGAUGAUGAUGAUGAUGAUGAUGAUGAUAGCACCAACGACGACAAUGACUACGACGACGACGACAAUAACAAUGACGCCCUCCGUUGUGCCGCCGGUUUUGAAAAAGUGCUGUAAUGAGCUGUGUGGCGAUCUGACCUUCAUAACUGAACUAAUAAAAAUAAAACAGACCUAUACUUUCAUA